UUUUUCGUUCAUAUGCUCCAUUCUGCCUAUUUCUUUCCUCAAACUGUUGAUGUGAAAUGGUCUGCUUCCACCCGUGGUCGUCCAACAUUACCUCAAUGGAUGCAUUUAAUUCCUUCUAGACAUCGUUCCAUAGCUUUUUUAAUUGGAACACCAGUAUCUCCACAUUCCCACUUCCCUUUACAUAUUAUAGCUACAAGGAUGGACUCUUUUCAAAGCUCUGAACAGUCUUUUAGUGUUGUUACUAACGAUGACCGUAAAUUAAUUUUUAAUAUUUUAAACGGAUAG